AUGUAUGGACUCCAGUCUGUGGUUGUCAAACAAGCCACAUUAGAGGGCAUAUCGAUCACAGAGUGUCUGCUAACUCGAUCCGUGUUCCAAGUCGCCGUGAUGCCUCUCAUUUCAUUAUGCAGCGCGAUGAAUUUCUUCGUGCCAAAGCACCACCAUCGGAAUGUGUUUUUCAUUUGCACUUGGUACACCUUUGCAUCCACUUCAGUUUUCGGCGCGUUUUCACUUAUUUUGCCUGACGCUGCGGUUGCUGGAAGAAGUGCCAGUAGAACGAUCAUUUCAGUCAUUUUUACUGUUGUUACUCUCCAUGAAGCUGUGACACUCUUGCAACUUUGCGCUCUUUGUAUCGCUGUUAUUGGAAUGGUUCUUAUGGGAGUUUCGACCACCCAGUUGAAUGAUUUCUACGUCGCAAACUCAUGGAGAAUUGUUGGCGGCUUCUUUCUCUGCUUUCUCGGGGGCCUUUUCCGAUCCAUCGGCUUCACAAGAUACAGACAAAUCAAAGAAGAAGUCUCCGCCGAAGCCAUAGUUUUCUGGCACGCGCUGCAAUCUUGCUCCCUCAACAUUCCCGUCACUCUCAUUUUUCAAAAUUAUUCGAUCCCAAGCUCGACAGCUGGGAAAUGGCUUGUUGCUCUUUGCUUCACUGCUACUGGUGGAACCCUUGGAUCGAACAAGGCGCUUCAGGACCGGCUAGUUCAUUUAGGAUUAAAAAGAUAG